AUGGCCACGCGCCGCAGCAGCACGAGCGGCUCCCACGUCUUCUCCCUCCUCGUCCUCCUCUUCCUCGCCUCCGCCUCCCCCUCCGCCUCCCAACUCGGUGUCCGCCCCAAAGGCCCCGUCGUGGACCUCAAGGCGUCCUGCGCCAAGACGGAUGGCCCGAUCACCUGCAACUCCUUCCUCGGGCCCGAGCCGGACAGCAAGACGGCGGACGCGCGCGGGCUGGCGGAGAUCUCCAUGAGGGUCACCGCCAAGCUCGGCGGCUUGGUGGGGGCCUACGCGCGCCGCGAGCUGGAUCUGGUCAACGACAACCCGACGUGGCAGUGCCUGGACGAGUGCGCCGAGGACAUCGAGGACGCGCUGUCGCACCUGGACGACGCCCUGGGCGGCGUCAACGACGCCCAGUUCGACCAGGUCCGCCAGUACAUCGACCUCUCCGAGCAGGACACCUGGUCCUGCGACGAGACCUGCCGGGACACGCCGCCCAGCCCGGUCAGGACCGAGCUGCUCCGCAAGAACCUCGAAUUCGAGAGGAUGAUGAACGUUACCCGCCAGCUCAUCAAGCUCGCCGACGGGGGCGCCUCGCCGGUGCUGCCGAAACCCGCUAUUCUGCCAUGA